AUGUACGCUUCGACGUCACAAAGAAAUGAUGAUGGUUUGCGGGCGUCUCACAAUAUCUCGUUACUUAUAGCAAAAUCCGGAAAACCGCGUACUAUCGGAGAGAAGUUAAUUUUGCCAGCCCUUGAAGAGGUUUUAAAAACUGUUUUACACAAACCUGCAUCUGAUAUCAUUAAAAGAAUUCCCUUAAGCAACAAUUCUGUUGAAAGACGUAUUGAUGAAAUGAGUUCUGAUAUUGAAAGCUUUCUAUGUAAUUAUUUGCAAACGACCCAUUUCUCUAUACAACUGGACGAGUCAACUUUACCUGAUAAUGCAGCAUUAUUAUUGGCAUAUGUUCGUUUUAUUAUGAAUCAAGAAAUCUACGAAGAACUGCUCUUCGCAAGAACUUUGAUAACCGACACUAAAGGUGAAUCAAUAUUUCAUGUUUUGAAGGAUUACUUCAUUGAAAAAGCAAUUCCUUUAUCAAAUAUAAUAUCAGUAUCUACAGAUGGACCACCUGCCAUGGUUGGACGUUAUCGUGGAUUUAUAAGCUAUUUAAAACUAGUUGCUAAAAUUUUGAGUGUUAGAUUGCAUGAAUCACUUCAUUUAGUCAUUAUAUUUGCCCAGUUGUGUGAAGAAAAUGACUUUCAUCAAUUACUCCUUCACACUGAAGUACGCUGGCUGUCGAAAGGUUUCACAAGAUUUUAUGCACUGUUUGAGACUAUUUUAGAAUUUCUGGAUACUAAAGAUAAAAUGUUAAAAGAAAAUUUAAUGAAGAGGAAAACAGACAUCGCCUAUUUAACAGAUUUGUUUACAAAAUUUAAUAUGGUUAAUUUGCAAUUACAAGGCGACAGUUUAAAUUUGAUUAAAACAAAGUCCAUCUUAUCAGCGUUUCUUGCCAGAGUUAAACUAAUGAAGCAAAAUAUUGGACGGGGCGAAUUUUCUCAGUUCCCCAAUUUGUCACAGACAAGCUGCCAGGAAGACGACGUUUCAACUUACGUUCAACAUUUGAAUGCCGUCUAUUCAGAUUUUGAAUCUAGGUUUGAGGAUAUUUUGACUAUGGUAAUACCACCGUGGAUAAUUAAUCCAUAUGGUGACAUAGAAGAAACGAAUGUCAUAAUACAAGAGGAACUGACUGAACUAAGUACAAACGAAGAACUUAAGGUCCAGUUUAAAAACGGCAGCAAUUCUGGCUGCUAA